GACAGUGGGAAUAUGGGAUACUGAAACAAUUCAAACAAAUAGACACGCGUCCAAUCGAUAGAACCUCCUAGAAAAGCUUUCCCACUUUGCUUCUAUCAAAGUACAAACGUGUCGCCCUUUUCUCCUCAGUGCUCUAUACGUGUUUUCCUUCCAUUAGCUCUCAAAUGCACACCAAUCACAGCAACACUAUUUCCAUUUUCGCUGGAUAUGCUCCUUUAUCAUUGGACCCACCUGAUCUCAUCCCACCAAUCACGGCUCUUCACCGUUUAAGGUUAACCCUAGACACGUGGUGCGUCCUAACCCUACGUACUGUUGCCUGUAACUAUGAUAAUCGUCUCAAGAUCCGGCAAAAGUUAAUCUUUUCAGUCUAAAAAUUGCUCUACAAGAUAGCUCUUCGGCCCAAAUGGAUGUUCGCAAUUGUUGGGCCGGCCCUGGAUACUCCGGUGCCCCGAAAGAUACGACGAUAAUCAACAAGAUGAUGCUGAGGUUCCGGCCUAUUGCGCCCAAGCCCGUAGCUAAUUCUUCGGGAUCGGGCUCUACACUGGAUCCUCACAAGGUAGAUGAUGUUGGCAAACGAAGAACAAAGAGAAAGUACGUUAGAGUUAAGAAAAAUAGCGAGUACAAGAAUAAAAAGGAAGAGAAAGAAAAAAGUGAUGGAUCUUUGGUUUUGGAUGACCAUCAAACUGUUGUAACGCUACAGCUACUACCAGAAAGUAGUGGAGGAGUUAAAAGCUCGCCAGAUAAUAGAUCUUAUCCAAGACCCAUCAAUUUUUUGGUGCAAGAUAAUAAUAGCAAUACUUCAUCAAUCGGUGCACCGAAUCUGUCAGAUCGGACGGCGGAGAUGCGAUCUUCAAGGGUUGUGGAGUCGUGGGUGAUGGUCGAUGGUGUGUCCAAUACUUUGGUAGAUUUAUCAGCUUUAGGAAGUACGGAUAUGGAGAAGAUGAUGAGUCUGGAAGGUGACACGUGUCCGGGGUUUAUAACGGACGGUCUAGAUAGCGUGAAGUGGGUGAAUCCCGCAUAUCGGAGAAUGAUAGAUCCGAUAGAAGACGGAGGAGAGUUGCCGGAGAUGGUGGUAAGGUUAGUAGUGAAGGAGAAAAAAACUGUACCUUUAUUAUUAUUACCAGCUUUUGCAUGCGUAGUGAGAGUUGUGUAUACAUGGAAUAUGGUGAAGCAGACAAGGACAAUGCCUUGUGAUGUGUGGAAGAUGGACUUUGGGGGAUUUGCAUGGAGAUUUGAUGCUAACGCUGCCCUUAGCUUGGGCCGUUAAGGCAAAAUUAUCUAUCCCAAGCUAUAAUAUCAGAUAGAUAGCAAGCAAUGUGCAUUAUUGUUUAAGUUAUGACCUAUAAUAAAUGAUUGAGUAAAAACUAUUGACUAUACUAUUUUAGAUUGGUAUAUGUAUACGGUAAAAAUUGGAUUUAUGCUAACCCGGUGAAACCGGGAAUCGAGGGAAGAAAGAAACAAGCACGAGCAUGAAGACUUUCUUUCGGACCGGAGGUAUCGCACUAGAAGUGGUUGAUCAGAAGAAGGCGAAGGAAAUUGUUUGGUCCGGUUUCUCCGUUAGUCCGGUUGAUCGUGGCCGUUAGAUCGGGUGUUCAGUUACACAAUUGCCACGCAUCAAGAUCGUUCUGGUACAUUGUACUGCCAAUCGUACGGGUGUCAGACCGUACGACCCAACUUUAUCCUUUUAGGGUUUUUCUUAUUCAAAAGGGUUUUAUGUUGUAUAGAAGGCCCAUAAGGCAAAAUUAUAAAUAGGAGGUAUUUCCCUACAUUCAAGGGUUAGCUUUUUCAGAUCUAGAAGAUUGUAAUAGCAAAAUAUAUAAAAUCUCUCCCUCUCUCUCUGA